AUGACACAGGCCGUCAAGCGGGCCUGUGACGCCUGCCAUCGUCGCAAGGUCAAAUGCGACGGCGUCAACCCGUGCCGUAAUUGCCACACUGCCCAGCUGUCCUGCACCUACAAUGCCAUCCCUCAGAAGAAGGGCCCCAAGGGCUCCCGCGCAAAGGUCAUUAGCGAGCUGAGGGAAACACAGCGACAGACGAGUUUGUCGGCAAAGGUCCAGAACCGCAUGAACGGCAUGUCAGGCCCUCCAGGACCCGUCAGCCUCGCUCCGACGCCCGGUCUGCUCUCCAGCGAGCUCGUCAAGGAAUGCAUCGACUUCUACUUUGCCAACCUCUACGAGAAGAUGCCUAUCCUCGACCGCCACAAGAUCGAACAGCAACUCCCCUACAUGGAGCGCGACCCCGACACCUACUGCCUGCUGACCUCUCUGUGCGCUUUCAUGAUGCUCCAGCCCGGAAUGUCCAUGCCCGCCGGCGACCCCUUCAACCUCGACGUUAUGCCUGGUGCCGCCAUCGUCGCCACCCAGUUGCUUUUGGAGGAGACGCUGCAGGUUCGCAAGGGCUACGAUUACCUCACCGGCCCCUCGGAAGGCCCGACAUUCAACACACUCGCCACAAACUUCUUCAUCUACGGUUGCUACCACGGCAUGGAGAUGCACAACAAGGCCUGGUACUAUCUCCGCGAGGCUUCCACCAUGAUGCACAUGAGCGGCAUGACCAAGGAGGAGACCUACCGCAGUCCCCAGUGGGACAACGCCGAGUCUUCUCGGAGAAGACGCCUGUACUGGCUCUUCUACGUUAUGGAAAGGGCCCACGCUAUUCAGCACCAGAGACCUUUGACACUUCAAGCCACCAUUCAACCGCCUAACUCCGCCGAUGACCCGAGCGACCCACUCAGCCACCAGCUCAACAGCUUCAUUAUGCUGGUGAACCUGUUCCACCCCUUCGACGAUGCCUUCACCGCCGUCUGGAACAAGGCCCGAAGCAACCUCUACGUUUCUAACCUGCAGAAGCAGUUGAACGAGGUCCUGCCGACAUACCUCUGCCAGGAUGGACAGUUGUCCGACUUGCGCACGAACCAGCAGUGGCUGAAGACCACCGUCUGGCAGCUGACCCACGGCAGCAUGAACUCUCAGAACGAGGAGAGCAUGAACAACUUCCAAUACCCCGUCGACUUGUCACGCGAAAUGUUGAUGAACCUCGCAUCUCACUUCCCUGGACAGGGCAUGGAGCUCAUGGGUUCCGGACUGAUCGAAAAGCUCUUCCAAAUCACUUGCAACAUGACCGACUUCCUCGCAGUGCAACCCGCCGCCCGGGACCCCUUCACUGUCGGUCCCCGCGAGCAACUCAACCAGACGCUCAACAUUGUUGCCGUCCUCCGCCACAGCGAUUUCCGCUUCCUGCCCCUGCUUCUCAACAAGGUCGCCGACAUCAUGCCUCGCCUGACCAACCCCAUGCUGCAGAACGCUCCCGAGAACGCCAACCUGGGCGCUAUUGACAUUUUUGACGGCUUCGGAAACGCUGGCAUGGCGCAGCCUCCCCAGAUGCAAAUGCAGAUGGACACCGACUACGACCGGAAGUUUUCCGUUGCCGACUAUGACAAAAAGUAUGGCAUGUCGGACAUGAACAGCAACGUAAGCGACGCCAACGUCUCCACUGGAGCCCCGUCCGUUUCCGUGCCUGCCACGACUGCAGACAUGAACUCGCCUUUCGCGAGCUCGCCAGCCAUCAUGUCUCCACCCAUGGAGUACCCACACAACGGGAUGAACGAUUAUGGAUGCGCGCAGAUGCCCGAUAUGGUCAUGAGUCCGAUGGGACAAAAUGGAUCGUCGAUCGGUGGUUCGAACCAACAUCAACAACAUCAGUCGCAUCACAUGUUGCAGAACCAAGGCAUGAAUCAACAACAGAUGCAGCCCAACAUGAACCAGCAUCACAACCACAACAUGCAGCAAGGCCAGAACAUGGGCAGCAUCAGUCCACCGUCGUUCCAGGGACAGCAGCAGAUGAACGCGCCGUCAAUACCGACAUCCCAUCCAAUGGGUCCUGGUGGGAACAACCUGAUGAACUCCAUAUCUCGUCAGCAACCCCAGCGGGCCAACAGUUACGCCAUACCACAACAGCCGUUGCCGCGGGCUGUCGGCGAAACUUUCCACGCGCUUCAACGAGCCAACUCGGAUAUGCCAGGUAUGACUGGCAUGCCCGCUGAGAUGGACUUCAAUACUCUUCGUUGA